AUGCGACCCCCCGGUCAGAGCGGCAAGGCGAAGCGUGGCCACCUAUGUUUUGACGCUUCCUUUGAAACCGGUAACCUGGGACGCGUUGAUCUGAUCUCCGAGUAUGAGUACGACCUGUUCAUCAGGCCUGACACCUGCAACCCACGGUUCCGCCUCUGGUUCAACUUCAUUGUGGACAACACCAGGAUCGACCAGAGAGUCAUCUUCAGUAUCGUUAACAUCAGCAAAAACAAGAACUUGUUCCGCGAUGGCAUGACACCACUUGUCAAAUCGACCAGUAGACCCAAAUGGCAGAGGAUCCCCAAUAAGUACGUCUAUUACUACCGGUCCCCAGAACAUCAGAACCACUAUGUUCUGUCCUUCGCGUUCGGCUUCGACCGCGAGGAGGACGUCUACCAGUUCGCCUUCAGCUACCCCUACUCCUACUCGAGGUGUCAAGGGCACUUGGAGUUGCUUGAGCGGCGACAGUUGCCGCACUUUAGAAGGGAACUUCUGGCGAACACAGUG